AUGACGUCAGCGGCUCAGGUCCAUAAACCCACCGUGGCCCAGCAUCCCGAGAUGUUCGACGCAACAACGCGUGCCGAGAUGAGCAAACGCACGCAGCGAGGCGCACUGCUCGCCGCCGCCGCCCUCGGCGCGCAUCCCCCCCGUCGCCAAUUCACACGCAGCUCGCGGGUCCAACAGCGCGCGGAGGACCCUCGCACGCGCGACGUCGGGCGUCAAAUCGAGGACGACUACGCCUCCAUCCGCCAACACUACGGCACGUCUGCGACGCCCAAGCACCCCAUCGUCCUGGCCCACGGCCUCCUCGGCUUCUCGGAGCUGCACGUGCCGCCGCUGCCGCGCAUCCAGUACUGGCACGGCAUCCGCGAGGCACUCGCCGCGCAGGGCGCGACCGUCAUCACCACCUCGGUGCCGCCGUCGAGCCCCAUCCCCGUCCGCGCCGCCCGGCUGGCCGAGGAGAUUGCGCGCGCGGGCAUCGACACCGCCGCGGGCGUCAACGUGGUCGCCCACAGCAUGGGCGGCCUCGACGCGCGCUGGAUGAUCACCAACAUACUGGGGCGGCCGGGCGCCGCCGCCGCCGCCGGGAUCAAGGUCGCCUCGCUGACGACGGUGUCGACGCCGCACCGCGGGUCCCCCUUUGCCGACUACGUGCUGCGCUCGUCGUCGGGCAUCCUGUACCUCCCGCGGCUGUACCGGGUCCUGGAGCGCGCGGGCCUGUCGACGGGCGCCUUUGCGCAGCUCACGACGGCGCACGUCGAGCGCGAGUUCAACGCCCGCACGCCCGACGUCCCUGGCGUGCGGUACUUUUCCUACGGCGCCGCCGUGGCCGCGCCGCCGCCGCUGCUGAGCCCGUUCCGCGUCUCGGAGCGCAUCGUGCGGCGCGAGGAGGGCCCCAACGACGGGCUCGUGAGCGUGCGCAGCGCCCAAUGGGGCGUCUAUCAGGGCACGCUGGUCGGCGUCAACCACCUGGACCUGAUCAACUGGCCCAACAGGCUGCGCUGGAUGGUGAGGGGGUGGAUGGGCGUGAGGAACAGGUUCAACGCCGUGGCGUUUUAUCUCGACAUUGCCGACAUGCUGGCCCGAGAGGGACUGUGA